AUGUCGACAAAGAAAUCUGCUUUGUCGUCUUCGACUGUGCUCUAUGUUGGGCAACUUCCUUAUGAUUGGGAUGAGCAAAUAAUUAAAUCGGUUGUUUGUGGGUCUGGAAAUAUUGUAGAUGUCAGAUUAGGAUAUGACUACGCUGGUAAAAACAAGGGUUUUUGUUUUGUCGAAUAUCAAAGUCCUCAAGAAGCUCAGAAAGCAUUAAGGUUAUUAGACCAAGUCAAGUUAUUGAAUCCUGCUACACCAGGGCAAAUCAAAAAAUUACGAAUAGAAUUAUCAAAAGAAGGAUUAAGAUCAAAUGCUACGUCCGAGCACAAAUCAAUCAUGAGGCUAGACAGAAAUAUGCUCCCUCCUUACGUCCAAUUGCCUCAAGAGAUGGUAUACAAUGGUCCUCCUCUUCCAAACCAUAGCUUUGUUCUGCCUCCACCCAAUAUUCAUCAAUUUAAUACUGAUCAGCUUCAGCAGCAAAUAAUGAAUAACCCAAUUCCUUCUUCAGUACCUCAAUUACCAUCUAAUAUAGCAAAUGCAACAAAAGUUCUACCGCAGCCUCAAAAUUUACCCUUUGCAAUUCCUGAUAAGAUCAAUGAAACAUUGAGCAAUAUUCCUCCGGUGAAGUUAAUGGAGUUUAUAUCUAACUUGAAAGGUAUCUUAAAUGGUCCUAAUUCGUCAAGGGCGAUAGAUGUUUUUCAAGUUUCACCUCAGUUGGCCCCUGCUGCUGCACAGGCCUUAUUGUUAAUGGGGUUUAUUGACGAAGAGGUCAUAAGCGAUUCAAUGAAAAACCCUGGAACUGGUACCCCUCAACAACAGCAAUCUCAACCACAUCUUCCACCUAUCCCUCCAACGAAUAAUCCUUACGGUCAGCCCAUGAUGCAACCACAAAAUAUGGGAAAAUGGCUGCAUUUACCACCUAGCACCCAGGCAAAACUUGCAGUCAUGUCUCCCGGGCAAGCAGACUUGAUUGCUCAGGUGUUGUCUCUACCAGCGGAUCAGAUCAGUUCAUUACCACCUGACAAGCAGGCCAUGGUUAUAAAUUUAAGAGCGCAAUACCUAUAG